AUGCCGUGGCCUUUCUCGGAGUCCAUCAAGAAGAGGGCCUGCAGGUACCUGCUGCAGAGGUACCUGGGCCACUUCUUGCAGGAGAAGCUCAGCCUGGAGCAGCUCAGCCUGGAUCUCUACCAGGGCACCGGCUCCUUGACGCAGGUCCCUCUGGAUAAGUGGUGUCUUAAUGAGAUCCUGGAGUCUGCAGAUGCACCUCUGGAAGUCACAGAUGGAUUUAUCCAGUCAAUUUCUUUAUCUGUUCCCUGGGGGUCGUUGCUACAGGAUAACUGUGCAUUAGAAGUAAAAGGCUUAGAGAUGGUCUUCAGGCCAAGACCAAGGCUUGCAUCUGGGUCUGAGCCUAUGUAUUGGUCAAGUUUUAUGACCAGUAGUAUGCAGCUUGCAAAAGAGUGUCUUAGCCAAAAAUUGACAGAUGAACAAGGAGAAGGGUCCCAGCCUUUUGAAGGACUUGAGAAAUUUGCAGAAACUAUUGAAACAGUUCUAAGAAGAGUGAAAGUUGCCUUUUUAGAUACUGUUUUGCGAAUAGAACAUGUGCCGGAAAACUCUAAAAGUGGAACUGCACUUGAAAUCAGAAUUGAAAGAACUAUGUACUGUGAUGAAACUGCGGACGAGUGCUCUGGAAUUAAUGUACAUCAGCCCACAGCUUUUGCUCACAAGUUACUGCAGCUCUCAGGUGUCUCUUUCUUCUGGGAUGAGUUUCCUGCAUCAGCAAAGUCCUCCCCAGUGUGUUCAGCUACACAGCUGGCAACUGAACCAAAGCUUUCACCUAGCUGGAAUCCAAAAAUCAUUUAUGAGCCACAUCCACAAUUAACAAGAAACUUGCCAGAAAUUACUCCUUCUGACCCUGUACAGAUCAGUAAGCUGAUUGGUAGAAUGGAGUUCAGCCUAACAUUAAAGCAAAAUGAAGUACUUCCUGGAGCUAAGUUGGAUGUAGAUGGACAAAUAGACUCUGUACAUCUAUUUCUGUCACCAAGGCAGGUGCAUCUUCUGCUGGACAUGUUAGCAGCUAUUGCUGGACCAGGCAACCUAAGCAGGAUAGAAUUGUCAAAUAAAGAUAGGAAGAACCGUCCAAUGCAGCAGGAAGAUGAGUAUCGAAUUCAGAUGGAGUUGAAACGUUAUUUAAGAAAAGAGUCUUUAUCUGCAGGAGUGUCAUCUGAACAAAGCUUCUAUGAGACAGAGAGUGCCAGAACGCCUUCUAGUCGUGAAGAAGAAGUUUUCUUCUCAAUGGCUGAAAUGGACAUGUCACACAGUCUUUCUUCCCUUCCACCUCUUGGAGACCCUCCAACUAUGGACUUGGACUUGUCUUUGACUAGUACAUACACAACUACACCAGCAGGAUCUCCACUGAGCACUACAGUGCUUCAACCAACUUGGGGUGAUUUUCUUGAUCGUAACAAGCAAGAACUACAACCUCCAAGGGGUUCUUCACUUACAGCCAACAUGGUUCACCAGACUUCCUUAAGAAGGACAUCUAUUCCAUCCAGAUCUGUUUCUGUGGAUGAAUCCAGACCUGAGCUUCUUUUUAGACUGGCAGUUGGAACUUUCUCAGUGUCUGUACUUCAUAUUGACCCUUUACCCCCACCUGAAAGUUCACUGAACCUUAACCCAUUGACACCAAUGGCUCGGGAUUUCUUUACCCGAAUAGAAAAGAUUGAGCCAGUUAAGUUUUCAACAGAAGAUUUUCUGUCCUUCCGAGAAGUAUUUGCAGAAGCUUGUUCUCAUGAUCACCUUAGAUUUAUAGGUACUGGCAUCAAAGUGUCUUAUGAACAGAGACAAAGGACUGCCUCUCGAAGUUUUAGUACUGAUUUAUCCAUUGGAAAUAUGGAGUUCCUGGAAUGCCUUUUCUCUACUGACUCUCAUUCCGUUCAGCCUCACUAUACAGAGCUGCUGACAUUUCGUUCUGAAGAAGGAAAUGAUUCUCAUGCUAUGCCAUGCCUUCAGCUUCAUUAUAAGCAUUCAGAUAAUAGAGGACCUCAGGGUAGUCAAGGGAGACUCAGUUCUGUUCCACAGAAAGCAGAGUUACAAAUAAAGUUAAGUCCAGUGUUUUGUGAGCUGGAUAUUAGUAUUGUAGACAGAUUAAAUUCCUUACUUCAACCACAGAAACUAACUACAGUGGAGAUGAUGGCAUCUCACAUGUAUGCUUCUUGCAACAAGCACAUAAAUCUGCACAAAGCAUUUACUGAAGUUUUUCUGGAUGAUUCACAUACUCCUGCAAACUGUAGAGUUUCAGUUCAAGUCACUGCCCCAGCGUUAAAUCUCUCUGUUCGCUUCCCAAUACCUGACCUACGGUCAGAUCAGGAAAGAGGACCAUGGUUUAAAAAAUCACUUCAGAAGGAGAUUCUUCAUCUUGAAUUUACAGAUAUGGAAUUUAAGACUGAGUUUAUAGGAGGGUCAACUCCAGAACAAGUUAAAUUAGAACUUACCUUUAAAGAACUAAUUGGUUCCUUUGAAGAAGAUAAUGCUGAAGCACCAAUAAAAUUUUUUCACGUGUCUGGUGGCAUAGAUGGAGAUAUAACAUCAUCAUCAGACAAUUUUGACUGGCCUCGGAUUGUACUGAAAAUAAACCCUCUGGCUGUGCACUCUAUUCUGGAGAGGAUAGCAGCUGAGGAGGAAGAAGUUGAUAAUAACUUUCAAGAGGAAGAAGAAGGAGGGUCUCAUUCUUUGAAGGAUGUCUGUGAUAUUAGAAGACCAGAGCCUUCUCCUUUUUCUUCUCGUAGGGUCAUGUUUGAAAAUGAAGAGAUGGUGAUGCCAGGAGAUGUAGUUGAAAUGACUGAGUUUCAGGAUAAAACAAUUAGCAAUUCUCAUUACGUACUGGAACUCAUGUUACCAAACAUUCACUUAACAUUACCAAACAAAAGCUUUUAUGAAAAACUUUACAAUAGGAUCAGCAAUGAUUUAUUGUUGUGGGAACCCACAGCUCCGUCUCCUGUAGAAACAUUUGAAAACCUUUCUUACGGUGUUGGACUAUCUGUGGCCAGCCAGCUCAUCAACACUUUCAGUAAAGACAGCUUUAGUCAAUUUAAAUCUGCAGUUCAUUAUGAUGACGAGAGUGGAUCUGAGGAAGAAACGCUACAGUAUUAUUCCACUGUUGAUCCAAACUAUCGGUCACGCAGAAGGAAAAAGCUUGACUCUCAGAAUAAGAACUCACAGAGCUUUCUGUCUGUUCUGCUAAAUGUGACACAUGGAUUAGUAUCAGUAUUCACAGAUGUAAAGCAAGAUGAUGGAAAUACACUGGAAGGAAAAUACGGCGAAUUCUGGUUUGAGUUCAACAGUGGUUCACUUUUCAGCGUGACUAAAUAUGAAGGCUUUGAGGACAGACACUAUGUUUGUCUCCAUUCUAGCAGCCUAAAUUUAUAUCAUCAAGGUAUGGUAGAUGGGGUCAUCCCUUCCUCUGAAGUACGACUGCCCAGCACAAUACGUCCCCAUUGGUUAGAACCUACUAUUUGUUUUUCUGAAGAAGAUGGUCUUAGUAGGACUACUUCGGAUGGUGUAGGAGUGGAUUGUCCAAGUAUGCUGACUGUUGCAGUCAAAAUCCAAACAGACAAAAUAGAGAGCAACACAAAGGAAUUUCUGGUUGCUGUUGGACUAAGAGGAGCAACCCUUCAGCAUAGAGUACUGCCUUCAGGUUUAAGCUGGCACGAACAGAUUUUAUAUUUUUUGAAUAUUUCUGAUGAGCCCGUUCUGGGAUAUAAUCCUCCAGCUACGAUUACAACUUUUCAUGUACAUCUAUGGAGUUGUGCUCUUGAUUACAGGCCCUUGUUUUUGCCAGUCAGAUCUCUACUUACUGUUGAAACUUUCAGCAUUUCCAGCAGUGUUGCAGUAGAUAAAUCCUCUUCUACUCUCAGGAUAAUUUUAGAUGAAGCUGCUUUGCAUCUGUCUGACAAGUGCAAUACUGUUACAGUGAAUCUCCAUAGAGAUUAUGUUCGUGUUAUGGAUAUGGGACUGCUGGAACUAACCAUUACAGCAGUAAAAUCUGAUUCUGAUGAGGAAAGAACUAAACCACGUUUUGAGCUCCACUGUUCCAGUGAUGUAAUUCAUAUUCGUACCUGCUCUGAUUCAUGUGCUGCACUAAUGAAUCUUAUACAAUAUGUUGCAAGUUAUGGUGAUUUACAUCCACCCUCUAAGACAGAGAUUAAACGUGGAGUUAGCAAACCGAAAAUGAAGGUAGAGACCUUUAGCCAGCCAUCUUCCCAUGGACCAGUCCUUGCUGAAUCAGAGCAACAGAUUUUACGGGAUUUGAUGAGUGAUGCAAUGGAGGAAAUUGAAACUCAACAGGCUGCUUCUGCCAUGAAACCAGAGUCUAAUGGAAUUCUGGAUGACAGAUCUCAAACUCGGGAGCCAUCUUGCUCAGAUCUCUUCCUGUUUCCAGAUGAAAGUGGAAAUGUUUCACAAGAGCCAAGUCCCACUUACACUUCAUUCACUCAUCACCUGAUAAAUGAGGCAAUGGGAGAUGUUCCCGCAGAAAGUGAUGAUUUCUGCAUUCUUUUUGCACCCAAAGUUGCUGUUGCUGAAAAAGAGGAAGAGCCAGUAAUAAAAAUAAUGGUUGAUGAUGCAAUUAUCAUAAAGGAAAAUCAUUUCAGCCAACCUAUUAAAAAAACAGAUACAAGCAAAGCUCCUCUUCAUUUUCCUGUUCCUCUGGUACGCUAUGUUGUAAAGGAAAUCUCUCUUAUUUGGCAUCUGUAUGGUGGAAGGGAUUUUGGGAGUGCACCACCAACAUCUCCAGCUAAAAGUUUCAUAAGUCCCCAUAGUUCUCCUUCUCAUACACCAACAAGGCAUGGACGGAGUACAGCAUGUGGGGGAAGAGGAAGAAACCCAGACUUCCUAAUGGAAAUACAGCUAAGCAAGGUGAAAUUCCAGCAUGAGGUGUACCCUCCAGGUGGUGGAGAAGGUGAAUCCAGUCUGGUGGAGCAGCCAGUGUCACGGCAGGUUUUUAUUGUUCAAGACCUGGAGAUUAGAGAUCGCUUAGCUACGUCACAGAUGAAUAAAUUUCUCUAUCUCUAUUGCAGUAAGGAGAUGCCCAGAAAAGCACAUUCAAACAUGCUAACAGUUAAAGCAUUACAUGUCCGUCCAGAGUCUGGCAGAUCCCCACAGGAAUGUUGUUUACGUGUUUCACUAAUGCCACUUCGCCUCAAUAUUGAUCAGGAUGCCUUAUUUUUCCUGAAGGAUUUUUUCACUAGCCUCUCUACAGAAGUAGAACUCUUAGUUACUCCAGAUCCUGAAGUUAAAAAGUCUCCUGGUGCUGAAGUUACGUGUAGUUUGCCCAGACAUGUCAGCAGCCUUAAGGACCCAAGUCCAGUCAUUUCUUUCUCAUCACACAAGCAAGCAAAUGAAAAUGGUAGCAUUGAUUCUCUGGAUGUGGUUAAUGGAGACGAUCAUCAUUUCUCACAAGAAGUGACGUCAUACAACGAUCAGCCAGUAUUUUUCAGAGAAUUUCGUUUUACGUCAGAAGUUCCAAUACGGCUUGAUUACCACGGCAAACAUGUGUCAAUGGAUCAGGGGACACUAGCUGGGAUUCUUAUUGGGCUUGCUCAGUUAAACUGCUCAGAAUUAAAGCUGAAGAGACUUUGUUACAGACAUGGUUUAUUAGGCGUGGAUAAAUUGUUCUCCUAUGCCAUCAGUGAAUGGCUUAAUGAUAUAAAGAAAAACCAACUACCAGGAAUUCUGGGAGGAGUAGGGCCCAUGCAUUCGCUAGUGCAGUUAGUCCAAGGUCUGAAAGACUUGGUGUGGUUACCAAUAGAGCAGUACCGAAAGGAUGGCCGUAUUGUAAGAGGCUUUCAAAGAGGAGCAGCUUCUUUUGGUACUUCCACUGCAAUGGCAGCACUGGAACUAACAAACAGAAUGGUUCAGACUAUACAGGCAGCUGCAGAAACUGCAUAUGACAUGGUUUCACCAGGGCCUGCUUUUAUUGAAGCAAAAAAGAUCAAACGGUUCCCUCGCCAUCGUUUAGCUCAUCAGCCAGUAGACCUACGGGAAGGUGUAGCCAAAGCAUAUAGUGUAGUAAAAGAGGGGAUUACGGACACAGCCCAAACCAUCUAUGAGACUGCUGCUCGUGAGCAUGAAAACAGAGGAGUAACUGGAGCAGUAGGAGGAGUCCUCCGACAAAUUCCACCAACUGUGGUGAAACCUUUCAUUGUUGCAACAGAGGCAACCUCAAAUGUUCUAGGUGGUAUGAGAAACCAGAUCAGGCCAGAUGUGCGUCAAGAAGAGUCUCAGAAAUGGCGCCUUGGAGAGGAUUGA